CACACACACACACACUCACACACUCAUACACAUACACACAAACACACAUUGUAGGAGGAGCACCUGUUGUCGACUUACUAUAUUAAAAUGUACUGCUAUAUAACCUGUGUUAAUAUAGAGUAAGAAUUAGAAUUAGUCUGCCCGAAAUGCCUAGGCAUGCUAGUGGCCUUUGUAAUUAAUAUUUUAUAAUAUGUAAACCACACAUUGUAAGCUUUGCAAGGUAAUAAACAUUUUCAUUUAGCCAGUUCCAUUUUUUCGCUCUGCGGGUAAUUCUUUAACGGUUUUGAUGAGAAGCCGGUUACUGAACUUACGUGGGGGGGGGCGUAUUUGGGCGUCCCGCUCUGCUGGGGCUUGACAAGGGGGGUUCACUUAAUCUAAUUGGAAAUUUCUAGUUCAUGUUCCUAUUUACAAAGGAAUGCUUGUUCUUUUUUUCUUUCAUCUCCCAACAUUGGGCAACAAAUUUCCCUGUACAUGGGGAAGUCGGGGGUCGACCCGGCGUAAGGUGUCAGUGGCCCUGAUAAACCAAACAAACAAAGAAAAGAAGAAAGAUGGGCUUUGGAUAAAAGAAGCAGAUUAUCGUGAACAAGCAGAUGUUCGGUUCAAGCACCAGGUGCUUAUAAUUACUGAUACAUCAUCAGGAUCAAUUGUGUGGUCUACCAACUCUGCAUUUAAUUCUCUAAUGGAGAAUUACCUUCGAAUUCCCAUAGUUAAAUCACAUGAAGUUGAUGAGAACAGUGAUGGUGUGUAUGAAGGACUGCAUUUUACUCUAACCUUACCACUCUUGAGCAGUGAGUUAAUUUAUGGCACAACACUCCUACUCACCUUUGAUUAUAGACUUCAUCACAUGUGUGAGGUUGUGCUAGAAGGCUUAGGAUUUCUGCAGCACAGCAGUGGAAUUCCAAUAUCAGCUCUUUACACCACAACUGAUCUACAGCUUCAUCAGAGACAUCCAUUGCCAUACUCGGGAAUACACACGUUGUAUAAUGCAUCUGUGCUGCCUUCAUCUUCAGCUUCUGCUAAAGACUGGAAGCUACAUAAUAUUCUGUCAAACUAUUGGGAAAGAAAUUUGACCACAAGAUUCGGCAACAUUUACACAAGUGUGCAGACUGGAGAAAGUGACACAUUUAUUAUAAAUCUGAAUAUAAAUUAUCCAGAACAAAAAAUUCAUUACAUUCCUGGAUUUUGGUUUAUCAUAAAGUGGGCAUGGGUACAGUAUUUAUCAAUCCUGGUAGUGCUGGUAUAUGCAGUUAGUUUAAUUAAAGAUUGGGUUUUUCAGAAUCAGAUUGUGUCUACUUGGGUUGAUUUUCCAAAAAAUAAAUUAUUUUAAAUAUUUGUUUGUACUCUGAUUGCAAGAUCUCCAUGUUUGAAAUGGAAUAAUCACCUAGUCCUGUACUAGUCAUAAUAUCAGAACAAAAGAAAGAAGGAACACUGCAGCAGGCCUACUGGCCCAUGCAAGGCAGGUGCAAGUCUCCUACCGGCUUAAGCCAAUGCCCCAACCUAGUCAGGUCACAUUCACUUAAGGAAGGAGCACGGCAUCUGACCUGGUAACACAAACCAGUCAGGUCCAACUCACACCCACCGUGAAUAUAGAUUUUACUAUCUAUCAAAUAUUUUAAAUCGUAAUACUGUAUUAUUUUUAUAAUCAAAACCAAGCACUAAACCCAAAAGUUGUUAUACAGCAAUACAGGGCAGGGUGUGCUUGCUUUAGAGACUACCAAGAGUGAAGAGGAUAAUAGUGUUAGAAAGGGCUGUGAGGAGUGCUAAAGGAAAUACUAUCAAAGUUUGUGUAAUAUAAUACUGUACACUUGUACUACAGGAGGCCCUCCACAUGCAAGGGUUAGGGGAUCAAGAACCUCGCAAAUCUUGAAAAUUCUCAAAUGUUUGGCGCGCAAAUGUGACAUAGGAAAUAUAAUAAUACCAUUUACUUAGCCCAACAAUACUGCUUCCUUAACCUAUUGAACCACGGACAAUCACAACACGCAUGAAAACUGGGCAUCCGGGCAUCUGUGAAUUAAAGCUGAUGUGCUCAUAAUUUUGAGUUCUGGCAUAGGUAAACAGCCACUACCUUUUUAUCUUUCAGGUAUUUUUGAGUGUCAUAAUUCUCUUGUAUUAUACGUGCAAGUCAUACAUGUCAGCACUAUUUUUUGGACAAUAUAACAGCCAUUUUUAGUCUAGUGCAGUUAAAUUUAACACCCAUCUUGUAUUUAAAAGUAUAGUGCAUGAUCAUAUUAUUGGAAUAUGCUAAACCCUCAUGGUGAAUAAAGAAUGGGAGGAAAUCAAAUUUGAUCCAAGGAAGUGUACGGUAGUACCAGUACCCCAGAUCAAGAGCCCUUCAUUGGCAUCAAGGACCUGGGAUAAAAUAUUUUGUGAGUAAAUGUGACAGUCCUUACAACCACUGUUUACUAAUGAUUAACCCUUAAACUGACCAAAAACGUAGAUCUACGUUUGCUCGCGUAGCGCUCCGAACGUAGAUCUACGUUUUUUUACAUUGUUUCUUAUGGAGAAAAUCAAGGUCGGAGCACUACGCAUGCAAACGUAGAUCUACGUUUGGACAGUUUAAGGGUUAAUACUAGUACAGUACUACGUACAUUUAAGGAGUCCUAAACCUGUAGGGAUCAUUACCCACCUGGGGAAAGGGGGGCAAAUGGGUUUGAUCCAAGGAAGAGUAGUUCCAAUUCCUUCUAUCAAGAUUAGUACUUAGCUUUGAUUGUAAUAAAUGACAUUCUACCAAGAGCCCCUCACCAGUCUUAAGGCACCUACUUUAAGUGGUAGCUGUGAUUUAUAAGUUAUUUAUCUUUAUACCAAAAAAGUAGAUGGAUCUACGAACCAAGGCAAAAUUACAUCACAUCCCUCCCAAUGUUACCUUCUUGCUGGACUCUUAUUCAAGUAACUAGCUAUCCUCCCUCCCUUUGGAUCAAACUUGAUAACCUCCAAAUCUCCAGGCAUUGUGUAUACAGUAGGGCCCUGCUUUUCGGCGUUUCUCCUUACGGUGUUCCGCUAAUACAGCGAUCUCAAAUUAUGACCAAAACUUUCUAUAUGGCAAGUGGUCUUUCAAAUACGGCGUGUGCCACCUGGUUUGUUUACAUUCUCCAUAAGCACAUCUCUCUAUUAUGUAAUAAUAAUCACUCUUGGGCACAUUAAAUGUCUAAUUUUGUCAA